ACUUUCAGUCCACCCAGGACGAGCGUAGGCGCCAAAACGACACAUGCGCUUUAAGCUUUGCCGUUGUGACAUAAGCGGACGAAAGCAUGUGCGAAGGGCCCAGCCACCGUCACCACGACGACGAUGAUGAUGAUGAUGAUGUCACGCCCAGCUGCUAUGAGCUGGACAAGAUCCUAAACCGGGGGUGCGCGGCCUAUGCCGCGUAUAACCAGGUGUGGCCUCGGGUCUACAUUGGCGAUGAGCUGACGGCUAAAGAUAAGCUGAAGCUGAAGAAGCUGGGCAUCACGCACGUCCUGAAUGCCGCCGAGGGCACGUGGAACAACGUGGACACGGGCGCCGGUUACUACGGUGACAUGGACGUGGUCUACCACGGCGUCGUGGCGUCGGACACGCCUACGUUUGACCUCAGCCAGUACUUUUUCAGCGCCGCCUGCUUCAUACAAACGGCGCUAGCCGACCCUCGCAACAUAGUGCUGGUGCACUGCGUGAUGGGCAGGAGUCGCUCGGCCACGCUGUUCCUGGCCUACCUGAUGAUCGGCGAAGGCAUGACGUUGGCCGACGCCGCCGAGCACGUCAAGACGCGCCGGAGGAUCCUGCCCAACUGGGGCUUCCUCAAGCAGCUGAGGCAGCUGGACGCACGACUCGCGCAAGAGCGGCGGGGCGGCGCCCAUCGGGCGAGCGAUGCAGCCGAGUUGAGAUGACUUCUGCAAUAAAAUUGGAGGGAUUAAUAACUUUGUGAUUUUU